CAAGUUGUGAUUGUAUUAAGCAGAGUUAAACGGAUUUAGGGCGACUGACUGAUUCGAUUCAUUUGUUGCUCACCUUAUCGCUUCAGGGUAGUUAAAAUACGAAAGGAGCGUUUUAAUCUUUCUCUUUCUGCUCUUUCUCUUUUCCUUCUUCUUCUCCCUCCGUCUUUCACUCAAAGCUCAUUUUCAACUGCAAUAUCAGCGUGUAAACACUUCACUCUCUCCAUUUUUUUAAAAAGCCAUUCUUUUUUUAACAUACAUUUUUAUCAUUAAAUCAAAAGUGGAUCAAAGAUUGUUCAAUCAAGUUCAUCAUUCAUGGCCAAGUUUGGUUUAGCCAUUGGGAUUAUAUCAAUACUUCUUGGAAUUAUUUCAUAUUUUUCUCUGCCAUCAAUCGUUCUCCGCCAAAUUCAUAAGCGACUGGUUCUUCGUGAAGGAUCGGAAACUUAUGAAAAUUGGAAACAAGUUCCAGUACCUGUGUAUAAUCGUUACUAUUUUUUUAACAUACAAAAUGCCGCUGAAGUUGAACGAUAUGGCGCCAAGCCAGAGUUGGUCGAAGUUGGACCUUUCACAUAUCGUGUUCUUCUUUCAAAACAUGAUAUAACACAUAAUCAAGCCAACGCAACAGUUACAUAUAAGGAGAGGCGAACAUGGAUUUUUAUCAGGAAUCAGUCUAUUGGCGAUGAAUCAACCAUGAUCUCAACUUUAAACACUCCUUUAGCUAUGACUCUUUCUUGGUUGCAACAAGCUAGUCCUGCCGUUCGUUUAGUUGUCGGUGUCACACUUGAUACUACAUCCCAAGGAUUUUUCAUUAAUCGGACAGUGAAGCAACUUCUAUUUGAAGGUUAUCCUGAUGUUUUAACUACUUUUGGUCCACUUCUCAGACCUGAGCUUCCAUCUGCAUACAAUGGAAGGUUUGGGUUUUUUUACCCGAAAAACAAUACUGACGAUGGUGUAUACCGUGUUCACACCGGAGAAGAUGACAUUAACCUGUUAAAUGUCCUAGAAUCUCAUAAUGGGGCUAAUGCUCUUCGAUAUUGGUCAUCUGCAGAGUGUAACUCAUUCAGUGGAAGUACCAAAAGUGAAGUUAGACCACCUCUGAAACCUACAACCAGAGAACUGAGAAUGUUUAAUGCGGAAAUAUGUCGUGUCUUAAAAUUGGUUAAAUCACAAAGUCAUUUAACACCACAUGGAAUUCAUGCCGAAAGAUUUGUUCUUGAUUCUUCCUUUUAUUCAAACUCAGUAGAUUAUCCGCCAAAUUCUUGCUAUGACAUCAAACGUCCUGCUCGUCCUCCAUCAAUCCUCUCCAUUCGCUCAUCAUACCUUCUUCGAAUGGAUCCAUUGCCCUCAGGAAUCAUGGACCUUGGUCCUUGUAAAUAUGGUGCACCUAUCUAUCUGUCAAAUCCACAUUUUCUCGAUGCUGAUCCUAUUUAUGCAUCUACCGUGGAAGGUCUAAAGCCCAAUAGAUCAAAACAUUCUUUCUGGAUUGACGUUGAACCCACUACUGGAUCAACAAUCGGAAUCGCUGCCCGAGUGCAACUAAACGUUGCUGUUUCUACUGGUCAGGCUUCCAUUCGGUUCAGGAAUGUUCCUGAAAUAAUAUUCCCAAUCCUCUGGUCCGAAUAUACAUCAGCAUUGACACCUCAUUUGGUUGACAAACUGCUCAUUGUCCAAUGGAUACCUGCUGCAUCUGCUAAAAUAUCACUAUUCUUAUUUUGUACAUUCGCCCUGUUGGUAUUUACCGUAGUCUUAGGCAUUCACACAUUUAGAGUUUUGAGGGACAACAAAGAUCCUAAAGCCAUGAAAGCUGUUAAAGCAUUGAAAUCAAUAGUGAGAAUAAAAAGUGAUGCCAAUGAUAGCACAGAAGUCACACCAAACAAUGGUACAACUGAAACAACUGAAGUUAAACCAGAAGAGCACGUCUCUGUUAGCUUUAAAAAAUCCUUAACGCAAUCCCUGGAAACAAGUAAACUAAGUUUACCAAGUGCUCCUUAUGAUACCUUUUCACUCGCCAAUGAAGUGCCAAACACACCACCACGAAGAUACAAAUCAAAUAAGCUUUCAAAUAAAUCAUCUUCCGAUGAAAAGUAUAAAUCACCACAUCAAAAGUUCUAGAUGAACAAUUUUUUUCAAUCAACUCAAACAAAGACAUUUCCCACCAUUCAUCCUACUGUAAAAUGAAAAGACUUUUUGCUACUUUUCUAUUGCAUUUCGUAUCAUUUGUAUUUACAAUCAUCACAAAAACAUUGUAAUAACCCAAUAUGGGCUUUCAUAUUUUUUACACUUCUCAUAUUUUUCCUACUUUCAUCGACUACUAUCGCAGUAUUAUAGUAUUUAUCAUUUUUGUCUCUCGAUAUUCUAAGUGCAAUCAAAGAAAAAUAAAUGAGAUUUUUUUCCACUCAAA